CGUCGAUUCAGUACGCGGACCAUGCUGGCGGCGUUAGCCACAGAUCGCUCUCUAACGUCGCUGCUCGCCUCGCCCUCAGCGCUACGCUCAAAGGUCGUCAAAGCGUGCUACGAGCCCAGCGCCACGAGCAGACCUUCGGCCGCCAUAUCAGCACGCCAGCGACGUCGCGCCGACAUAAACAGGCAUUGCUCCGGCGCCCUGAGUCUGACAGCUGCAUCUUCAGCAAAACUUUCGUCGCCAACCUAUAUAAGGGGGCUCAGAUUCCAGACCACUGCCAGCCCUGCACCACUUUCUCCGAUCCAAUCACCCGACGUGCGACCAGAAGCGCCCCAGCAAGCUUCACGAUUACGACGGUUCGCAUUUGCUUCUGCGCUUUUCUUCAUCUCCUUCGUUGCAGGCGGCGCCAUGGCGGCAGCACCAGUGGCAGAGGCCGUCAAUGGCUUUCUCAAUCCCCCUACCGACGAAGAGACGCUUUCCAUUUUCGAGCCAUCGACUCCCGCCGCUACAGAAAUCAAUGCGCGCAUUGUGAAUCAUCCACUCGCACAAAAGCUCCGUGCCCAAGAAGGAAUGACAGAGUCACGACCUCAUUUGAAGAUUCCACCAGCGAUGCGCCCUCAUAACCUUACGGGAGGAACGCUCCUUGGAGAAAAUAAAAUCGAGGUUCCACCUCUGACCUUCAGUGAGAAGAAUGGCGAGCUGCCUACAUUGGUCCAGAUUUCGUAUCUGGGGUCGGCGCUGUGUGGCCAUCCGGGCAUUGUACACGGAGGGCUACUCGCCACGAUGCUGGAUGAAGGUCUAGCAAGAGCAUGCUUUCCGGCCCUGCCGAACAAGGUCGGAGUCACAGCAAGUUUGAAGAUUGACUAUCGCGUACCAUGUCCAGGCAACAGCUACGUAGUGCUCAAGGCGCAGACAACAAAGGUGGAGGGACGCAAAGCCUGGGUUACGGGCUGGAUCGAGCUCUUGGGCGACGACGAUGGCGAGGGAACUAAGCUUGUUGAGGCAGAAGCCUUGUUCAUUGAGCCGAAGCAGGCGAAGCAAAUGGCAAGAGUAUACAGCACACAGUAAGCAUGUGACGUGACUUUUGGAAGAUGGAAUGGCUAGCAAUGCCGUGCUUGAUGAAUUGAAGAUGUACCCCUUUCCUGCGAGGGCGAAUCUUGAUCAUAUAGACAUAGAUCGAGCUUACUCGACCUCUACACGUUCCCUUCUGCUUCCGCAGCAGAUUCGAAUGCGGAGACUCGAUGCCUGCACAUAGAUGUGCAGACUAAGCAGGGCAUGCGUCUUGCCCUCAAAUGCCCUAGAGUUCAUCUGGUCUGGCGAUUGCAGCCCGAGAACGCCAGCUGCAUGCAUUGCCCUGCCGGAUCGGAAGUGCGGGCUAGAAAUUCGUGCCUUCUGCUGGCUGUGGAAGCUUCUUGUUUGCAGGAGCAGCCAUGUAGCGGCGUAUCUCAAUUAGGAUGGUCUCCAUGGUGAAGUCGCGCUUCCAAACACUCAAGGUAGGGAGCUUGCUAAGGUCAACCUUGCCAGUCCGCUGAUCCACGCUUGGGAGAUUGACUUUGCUGAUGAAAGUGACUUCGGGUGGGCUGUCGGGGUAGUUGGAGCCGCAAUGUAUCUUGAGCGAGUAGAUGCGAUUCUCAUGAACACUGUGAGGUGGUCCCAGUAUCGUGCCGUUCCAGUUGGUCAUGAGGAGAUCGUCGCCUUCGUCGAGGCCGUAAGAACAAGCCUCGGCGCCCAGACCCUUCUCGCCCUUCUCCAGCUCCUCCAGCAGUCGGAAGUUUCGCGGGACCUUCGCCAUGGGUGCACUGGUUGCAGGAUGUGUGUAUGUGUAAUGGCGACGACGUUGUUUGUCGCGUACGGUAUUGGAAGGUAAUGUAGUGGAGACGGAUUAUGGAAAUGGACGCGCCGAGCAGUCAGAUCGGGCAGUGAGUUAC